GCGAACGCUCUACCACUGAGCUACACCCCCUGUUGUCAAAGUGCAGAACUAGAGGCCUAUUUAAUUCACAAGUCAGUGGUCUGUGACGUCAUAACCAAGCUGUACACAACUACACACUUCAUAUACAUACAUGCCUCGAUAAAGCAUGGCGACUCGUUCUGAUGUUGUUCAAGAAGAUGCGGGAUCAUUUAUUCCAGCGAGUCAAAGACCUGACGGGUCAUGGAGGAAGCCCAGGCGCGUGAAGGAAGGGUACAUACCACAGGAAGAAGUUCCUCUCUAUGAGAGCAAAGGCAAGCAGUUUGCAAAAAAUAAACCGAUUUACCCUGUUGGCAUGAGUGCGUCAGUGGCCGAAGCGCUGAAAACUGAAAGAGCAGCAAGAGCUGCAAAUAACCCUAUCCCCGGCCUUACCAUCGACCCUUCGGAAGAAGCAAAGAAAAAGAAGAAGAAAAAGAAAGCAAGUACAAAUGACGUCUCUGUGAUCACGGAAUCCUUAAACAAGACUCAAAUUAAUUGGCCAACGGGUAGCUCUAAAAAGCAAGAGACUCAAAAUGAACCAUCGGAAGCCGCAACGGAUCCAGCAAAAAAAUUGAAGAACAUGAAGAAAAGGCUUCGUGAAAUCGAUGCUUUAGAGCAAAAAGUUAAAUCUGGAGAAGUAAAACCAGACAAAGAUCAGCUCGAAAAGUUGAAGAGGAAAGAAACCUUGCUAGAGCAAAUCGCUGAGCUUGAAUCGGAACUGGGCACGUGAAAAUCGAAAUGCUUUUAAAUUAUAACACUAUGUAUUUAUAAAUUAGGGAUUUCUUUACAAGGUUAAACCUUUUAAACCAAAUAAUUAAAAUUUUUGAUAGAACCGACAAAUUUAAUUUUAUUU